AUGAAGGACGACGAUACCCUUACGCCUCCCAAGCGGUCUAGCAUUAGCGACCCUGGUGCCCACGACCUGGCUGAAUCCUCCGACUCAGAAGAUCACUUCUCCGAUGCGCAAUCCGCUCCUCUCAGCCCGGGAACGUCCCCCAUCCCCAAGACCCGCGUAGAGAAGGUCGACGACGAACCGUCAUACGGCGAGGUCCCUGGCACGGAGGCCUACCGGUUGAGGGAGGGCGACGCAGAGCCAGAUGAGAUUGCGAUCCAGGAGAACAAGAGCGAAGAAGAGACCUCCUCGGAACCUGUGCCCCCAGCGUCGCCGGGUGGACAGCCCAUCCCCAAGACAGUCGUCGAGGAGGUUCCGGGCUCGUCAGGGCCGCAUUCAGAGGAGUAUGAGGAGAAGCGUAAGGCAGAUGCACCGGCCGACUUGGUCCUGAAGAAGGAGGACGACACCAAGGAGGGCGGCAGCAGUACCGAUAUCCCACCUGUAUCACCUGCGCUCUCCGCUCCCCCAAGCUCCCCUCGAAUGAGGCGGAAACCGUCCAAGAACGCUCUGUCCUCUGCCCCUUCAAGUGCCAGCCUUGCGCCGCCGCCUAACGGAGAGGACGGAGACGGCGAUGAUGACGAUUUCGGUGACGACUUUGACGAUUUUGAGGAGGGAGAGGAAGCGGAUGGUGAUUUCGACGACUUUGAGGACGGAUUCCAACAACCCGAGUUCGAGGCCCCUGCUGCUCCUGCUCCUGCGCCUGCUCCGCAAAUACCCUCAUUACCGUUUUCCAUACCCGAUUUCGACGGCCUAGAUGGUGAAGACGUAUUACAAGCUGUCGACCCAUACCUAAACACACUCUUUCCUCCGGAAGACCUCGACGUAUCGUCACCUCCACCAAUCACCAAGGACAAUCCAAUCUUCCUCACACCCCGAAGUGCAUCACUAUGGUCACAAUUGGUAGCGCCACCGCCGCUGGCACCACCAGACUGGAUCCGAUCCCGCAUCAGGCGUCUGUUCCUCGUUUCGCUCGGCGUGCCGGUUGACUUAGACGAAAUUCUCCCAGCUUCCAAGCAAAAGAAGCUUGUACUUCCGUCGCUACAAGUCAACUCUUCAGGCUCCCCACGAACAUCGUCAGACUCGCGCUCCUUAUCAAGGGUGCGACAAGAAGCGAACGCGUCCACGACAUCGGUCGAUUCCAAGGGGAAGCCCGCAGCACCCAAGAAGAAGGGACCGCCACCUGUACCAGACCUGGACCUGGUGUCCGCCAAGCAGCUUUGCACGACGACGGAGGAGGCGCUCAACGGCAUGACGGAUGAGGAGCUCAAGGCGCACGUCGCCAAACUGAAAGCGAUGGAGGGCACGGCCAAGGAGGUCCUGGAAUACUGGACCAAGAAGACGGAUGAGAAAAUAGGCGAUCGGGAAGCCUUCGAAGGCGUGAUAGAAAACCUGGUCAAGCAUGCACGCAAAGUCAGGAAAUGA